AUGGAAGAAAGCUCCAAACCAAAUCAAAUAAUUUCAAAUCCUCAAGUUGCUGAAAUACACAUUGGCCAAGUUUUCGCAAACAAGGAAACCCUUCAACAAGCAGUAAGCUUUCACUCAAUAAGAUACAAUCAACCUUUCAAGGUAAAAAGAUCAUCAAAACUAGACUAUAAACUAGUUUGUAUUGAUGAUAAUUGCAACUGGACAUUCUUAGCAUCAAAACAUGGAAAGACUGACAUGUUUAUCAUAAGAAAAAUAGAGCAUACUCAUACAUGUUCAUUGGACAUUACUUCUGGAGACCAUCCUCAAGCUACAAGCAACUUGGUUGGAAAGGUUAUAAAAAACAAGUUUGUAAACCCAAAAAGAGAUUACACUCCAACAGAAAUUGUGGAUGACAUGGCAGAUGAUUACAAUGUCCCUAUACCUUACCAAAAAGCAUGGAGAGCUAGAGAAAAGGCAAUUGUGGAUGCUCGUCGCUGCCCACAAGAAUCAUACAGUGAGAUACUAUCAAUUUUAUACAUGAUGCAAAUAUCAAACCCAGGAACAAUUACAGACCUAGUGACAGAUGAAGAUAACAAAUUCAAAUAUCUAUACUUUGUAGUAGGUGCUUCAAUAAAAGGUUGGCAACACUAUACUCCAAUAAUAGUCACAGAUGGAACUUUUUUAACAAACCAACAUGGAGGCACUUUGUUGAUAGCAAGUGCACAAAAUGUAAAUAGACAUAUAUUCCCACUUGCAUUUGCAGUAGUAGAUUCCGAAAAUGACAGCUCUUGGGAAUGGUUUUUUCACAAAAUAAAGAAAACUUAUGGCGAAAAAGAAGGUCAAUGCAACGUAUCAGAUAGACAUGAGAGUAUACUAAAAGCAGCAAAAGAGACCUUUCCAGAUAUAAUGCAUGGGGUAUGUUGUUACCAUUUGAUGAAGAAUAUAAAAAUGAAAUUCAAAAAAGGAUGUGAUGAGCUCAAGAUUGCAUUUAAUAGUGCAUCUAAAGCUUACAACAUAGAAGAUUUUGAAAAGAGCAUGCAAGACUUGGAUAAUAUAGAUGUAAGAAUAAGAGAUUACUAG